GCCUGCAGUUGGACUGGUUGGGUUAGCGAGAGUUGUUCAACCGGCUGAUAGACGCAACCGCAGCAGCGGAGACUUGUCAGUACCAACAGACCACUUGACUGAGUAGCUCCACCUGGUUAGAUUUAGUGUUGUGUCCGGGGGGAAUCAACUAAACCUAAUUUAAUGCGGGAAUUAGCCGCUAGUCGUUAGACAGCCUCCACCUGUUAUUUGCUACAUCGAGCCAAGUUAGCUAACGUCAACGUUACGACUGACUGCUAGCUCACAUUAGCUAAUUGUGACAGUUUCUGCUCCCGCUGCGUAUUAUUGCAAGGUUGUCAGCAUGCUGCAGUGAGGGAUGCACCGAGUGUUGAUAUUGAUAAUGCUCGUGGGGGCGGCGCAAGGAUGCUCCGAUUCAGAGAGCUGCCCGUCGGCCGCACCCAAUACCACCAAAGACUACUGUUACUCUGCCCGAAUUCGCAGUACAGUACUCCAGGGCUUGCCUUUUGGCGGGGUACCAACUGUCCUUGCCCUUGAUUUUAUGUGCUUCUUGGGCCUGCUGUUUGUGUUCUCCCUCUUGAGAAAAGUAGCAUGGGACUACGGGCGCUUGGCUCUCGUGACCGAUGCAGACAGACGAAUGGAUCAGCGAUACAGUCGCCUGGAUGAUCGGGAAUACGUGGCCUCUGCCAUGACAUCAGACACACCUGAACGCUAUGAACGCCUCACCUCAGUUUCCAGCUCUGUGGACAUUGAUCAGAGAGACACAGGUUUCUGCUCCUGGCUAACUGCUAUCUUCCGCAUCAAGGAUGAAGAGAUAAGGGAGAAGUGUGGUGAGGAUGCAGUGCAUUACUUGUCCUUUCAGCGGCACAUCAUUGGCCUGCUGGUAGUGGUAGGCGUCCUCUCUGUGGGCAUCAUCUUGCCUGUUAACUUCUCUGGAAACCUACUUGAAAACAAUGCCUAUAGUUUUGGGCGAACCACCAUAGCAAAUUUGGAUUCUGAUAAUGCACUACUGUGGUUGCACACAACCUUUGCAUUUCUCUACCUGUUACUGACGGUGUACAGCAUGAGACGGCACACCUCAAAGAUGCACUACAAGGAGGAUGACCUGGUAAAACGUACUUUAUUUGUCAAUGGAAUCUCCAAAUAUGCGGAGGAGAGUGAGAUAAAGCAACACUUUGAGCUUGCAUAUGAAAACUGUGCUGUACUGGAAGCUCGAAUCUGUUACGAUGUGGCCAGGCUGAUGUAUCUUAACUCUGAAAGGAAGAAGGCAGAGCGCAGCAAGAAAUUCUUCCUUGACCUGCAGGCCAAGGAGCAUGUUGACACUAUGAUCAACCCAAAGCCCUGUGGACACCUUUGCUGUUGCAUCAUCAAAGGCUGUGAGCAGGAAGAGGCAGUGAGUUACUACACCAAGCUGGAAGGGCAACUAAAAGAGGACUACAGGAAGGAGAGAGAGAAGGUCAACAGGAAACCCUUAGGAAUGGCCUUUGUUACCUUUCAGAAUGAGUCCAUAACUGCCAUAAUUUUGAAGGACUUUAAUGCUUGCAAGUGUCAGGGCUGUCACUGUCGCCGGGAGCCCAAGAGCUCUCAGUUCAGUACCAAGCUGCACACACACAACUGGACUGUCACCUACGCCCCUGAUCCACAAAAUGUCUACUGGGAGCAUCUGUCAGUGGGAGGAUUCUCCUGGUGGAUCCGCUGCUUUAUCAUCAACUGUGUCCUCUUCCUCCUCCUGUUCUUCCUCACCACCCCGGCCAUCAUCAUCUCCACCAUGGACAAGUUCAAUGUUACCAAACCAGUGGAAUACUUAAAUAAUCCAAUCAUCACUCAGUUCUUCCCCACCCUCCUUCUGUGGUCCUUCUCCGCCUUACUUCCUACCAUUGUCUACUACUCUGCCUUCUUCGAAGCCCACUGGACCCGCUCAGGAGAGAACAGGACCACAAUGCAUAAAUGCUACACUUUCUUGAUCUUCAUGGUCCUGUUGCUGCCCUCCCUAGGACUUAGCAGUUUGGAUGUUUUCUUCCGCUGGCUUUUUGACAAAAGAUUCUUGGCAGAUGCUAAAGUGAGAUUUGAGUGUGUGUUCCUUCCUGACAAUGGAGCCUUCUUUGUGAACUAUGUCAUUGCAUCUGCAUUCAUUGGAAAUGCCAUGGACCUGCUGAGGAUCCCCGGUCUACUUAUGUACAUGAUCCGUCUCUGCCUAGCUCGCUCUGCAGCCGAGCGGAGGAAUGUCAAAAGGCACCAAGCAUACGAGUUCCAGUUUGGGGCAGCUUAUGCCUGGAUGAUGUGUGUCUUCACUGUGGUUAUGACCUACAGCAUCACCUGCCCAAUCAUUGUCCCUUUUGGGCUGAUGUACAUGCUGCUGAAACACCUAGCAGACAGGUACAACAUGUACUACGCCUAUCUGCCAUCCAAACUGGACAAAAAGAUCCAUUCUGGAGCUGUCAACCAAGUGGUGGCCGCUCCCAUUCUGUGUCUCUUUUGGCUUCUGUUCUUCUCCACUGUUCGCUCGGGGUUUUCAGCUGCAACAUCCAUGUUCACAUUCAUAGUUUUGAUCAUCACAAUUAUUGUCUGCCUCUCUCACGUCUGCUUUGGACAUUUUAAAUAUCUGAGUGCUCACAACUACAAGAUUGACACCCAGGAGAUUGAUGGAUUGGAGAAUGGACGUCCCGUGUGCACUUCUGCCGCCAACAAGGCAGCGCAAAUGUACAUUGCUCAGGUACUUCAAGACCCAAAUUCAGAGGAGGCUGGGUCAGGCAGUGGUGAGGACGACGGCCAGGGGUCCUCGCAGGACGAGGAAAUAAUCAAUGUGGAAAAUGGCCUGAAUGCGGACUUCCAGUCGGGUGAGGACAGCCUCAUUGAUAAUGAAGUGCGGCACUGAUGCUGCCUGGAGCAGAAAAAGAAUCCCCUAAGUUACCUUGAGGAGUGCACUGAACAUGUGAAUUAAACUAGGAACUGGACCAACAGUUCUCCAAAGCAUCUCAACCUCCACUGAGGUACUUCACACUAAUGUAAGCACACUGUCUACUAAGGAUUAAAUGGAUUGUCGCUCAAGGACUUUUCCUUCACUGGGUCUCACUAAACCACAUCUGUGUACCUGCAGAGGGAAUGUACAACAAUGCAAGGGCAGCAACAUCUUUCUGUCCCAAUGUAGCUGAGGCACACCCUAAAACACUGCACAUGGACCCAUGAAAGAAAGACACUAAUGCACAAAUGAAGAAUUUUUGCCUUGUCUUGUAAGGGUAGGGAUAUUCUGUCUGUAUUUCCUUAAAAUUAUUGCACUUCAAAGAGAGGAUCUGUCCUUUGAGCUCGAAUUUCACUAAGGUACUGUAGUACAGCAUGCCUUCAAUUUCAAAGGGUGGAGGGAUUUUCCCAUAAUCCUUUGCCAAUAUCUCCAGUUCAUACUAGAUGCUUCCCCUGAAUAAACAGCUUAUAAGAAAGGAGAGCAAAAGAGGAGUUUUCCACACCAGCAGAUAGCUUGUUCUGGGUAGAUCUGGUGGUCUGAAAUCAGUUCUUCCAAUUCCAUAAAAGCCUUCCAAAAAAAGAAACAAAAAAACAAAAAAGAAAAAAACAUUGCUACUAACACUCCUGGAUGCUUUGACACUGUACAGCUACAAAACUCUGGAUUUGUUAAAUAACCAGUUUUGAGGUGGUAUUUAUUUGUAGGCAUGGAAUUGAAAAUGCUAUCAAGCUCGAUACAACCUUAAACUGAGGAAGAAGAGAAUUCAUAUUUUGGCACACUACACUGAUGAUGGUUGUUUUGGUGUUUAGUCCCUGAGCCUUUGUCGGUACUGCUGUCGGACGGCUGCUACUGAUGCUGCCCCCAGUAGGGGACAAUCCUUGCACAGCUGCUGCAGGAAGACUGGAGGCCAAGAGCCUCCUGAUCCUUUUGUGUUGCUCAGAGGAUGGAGAGAAAGGUCUUUGGGGGUUUUUCUGGGUCAGUUUCAGAUGAUACUCAUUGUGACCAGUUCUUUUUAUGUUGUUUUCAUUGUUAUCUUUUUUCCUCCAUAUGUUUACGUAUGUACAUAGAGAUUUUCAAAUUAGCAUUCAGUUUAGAUGACUACUGAUAGUUUUUCAAAUGAGGUAAUCCAUAUCUUACCACUCAGCCCUCUGUCAGGUCCUCUUCAGUGUUUUCUGUAGAUACUUCAUCAUGUAGGUAGCAUAUUUUAAGUUCCACUUGUCAUUGAGCAUUGUUACAGUUUGCCAGUACUCAAUGCCAAGUUUUAGAUUGUAGAACCCAAAUUGUGCAAUUUUGGUGAUAACAUAUCAAAUCUUGGGCUAGGCCACACAAGAGAGUUUAGCAGUUACACCAAUGGAUGGAAGUCCAGUUUUAUUUAUAGUCACACUAAUUUUCAAACUUUAACUUUAUGCUUUUGAAUACAGCCCUCACUCCCAACCACCUAUUGAUAACAGAAUGGAAAAUAUAUUCAUUAUGUUGCUUUGUAAGUUGUUAUGAAGUAAUUUCACACACACACACACACACACACACACACGUGUACAUUCCAUUUGCAGAUCUAGUUACCGGCUUUGUAAGGUCUCUGGCAGAGCAAUAGUGAUGCACUACAACUCCACACUUGAUCACAGAACAGGCGGAUCAAGUUAACAUUCACUUGAUCUGUCUCUAUGUGAAGCAGUUUCUUUUCAGGUUCAGGAACAUUCAGACAAAAACUUUAACAAGACAAACACAAAGAAACAAAUUCUUAUGUGAAAUGCAGUGCCCGUGCAGUUAUGACCACACUCAGGAUUUACAAAGCCACCUUUUUUUUCUUUACACUACAUGCUGCCCCAGUAAACAUAAAGACAAUUGUUGGUAAACUAAGCCAAGGUGCUGCAGACAAGGUACCACAACAGUCUGUCACUAUGGACCAAUUAUUAUUAUUGUUGGACCACAAUAUGAAAAAUGUAUUAGCUGCUCAGAGAACCAUUGUGGGAAAUGUGCACUAAUCUUACUUUCACUUAUAUGAUUGACAGAGAAGGGCAUGCCCCGUAUGGGUAUGAUGACGACAAUGGUGAACCUAAACUGUUUCCAUAAUUUGUCCAUGGGUAUAUUAUUAUGGUAAUAACACGAGAAUUGUUUGAUGCCAUGAGUCUGGUGCUCUUCUAGUCAUGAUAAGGUGAUUUUUAUUUUUUUAUACCUCUUCAUUUUUAUACCUCUGAGAUGUCUUGAAAUCUCUGAAUGUGUCCUGUCAGAAUAACACACACUGUCCAGCUCUGAGGGAGAUAACUUAAUGAAUCUCAUCUUGUCUAACAACUUCAGUUUUUAAUCACUGAAUGUAGGUUUAUUUCCACAACCUUUGGUAAGCUGAAAGGGGCUAAAGUAAUAGUGUGACUGCUGUAUUUAAACAGCUUCAAAAGGAUUGUUCACUAGCUAACCACAAAUUGAAAGUUUUAUAUCACAACAAAACUUACUGCUGUCCAGUCCCAUGUUAUGAUAUUUCAUUUGAAUACAGAUCUGCAUUUGUCGUCUGAUGGUUGCAGUGAUUUCCAGUUGUCUCUCAAGUCUGAGAUCCCCAUGAUGAAUUAUUUUAUUUUAGAUUAUCUUCAUAAGAUCUGUAUAGACAGCGGGACUCACUGGAAAUAAAUGCAUUGUUUUUGUUUACAUCAGUCAAACACUCUCUAAUAUAAGUUCUCAUUUUGUUAUAACGCUGCAUUCAAUAUGAAAUGGGCAGUAAAAUGUGUCUGCAUCUCAAAACUGUGCACAGUUAGAAUGUGUUUUUGUGUGCUUUGCCUUUUUUAGUUUUGCAAUUUCCUAGAUAGGAAGAGUAACAAUAGCAGAUGUCAGCAUUUGACUCUCGUUGUUCUUUCCAAAGGGCCAUCUGUACAACAGAUAUAUAUACUGUAUAUAUCUACUUUCCCCCAGCUCUUUGAACAAUAAAUCUGUAUUUAAUCAA